GGCUGCUUUACGCGCCGCUCGCGCUGCGUGGCGGCCGCUGUGACUUGGCGCAAUGUUUGCCCGCCAACGGCGGCGACUUGGGAAGUGUGCGUUGGUGUGUGGUCGCAGGACUGCAAGAGCUGCCUGCCGCAGGCUUUUGAGUGUCUGGCGGGCCGUACCAGCUGUGCAAUUUAUUUAAAACCAAGCGCGAAGAAUCGUGCUAGUGUCUUACAUGCCGCUAGUUAUUUUUGCGUGCCGCGUUGCAGCUGGUGCAGUCGCUGUGCAGUGGCAUUUCAUAGAGCCGACAAGCUGUUACGACACUCACGCAUAGCAUAUAUCGACGCGCGUGCACUGCUGCGCCGACGAGCCGCACGGAACUAGCCUAGCUGCCGUCGAACUCGUAGGUGCCGCAAGAACUCGCUUCGCCGCGAAGCCAUCGCCGCGGCGCGAACAAGAAGCAUCGCCGCACGUAGCCGCACUCAUGCCGCACCACUACGCCUUCGUCGCGCUACUGUCAACAGCCUCGGCGCUGCUGCCGCGCCUGGCACCACAGCAGCAAAGACGGGCACCCGUCCGCCACAUCCUCGACAACAGUCAAGAUGAUCCGAUCGCGCGCUUCGAGCGGGAGAACGACGGUGGGAAGCGGCGUCCUUUUCUUGCGUACGCGUCGCGUCGACGCCGUCGGGUCGCCGCCGAGGCGUCGUCGCUCCGAGCCAGCUCGCGCGAGCCGCAGUCCCGAUCACCCGCGUCGCGCGCAGGCGCAAAAGUAUUUGAAAAACUCGUGGACUACCCCUGCGAAUUUACGAUCAAAGUGAUUGGCUUCGACGACGACACUUUUGCUGCAGAUAUGUGCCGCUACAUCGCCGGCGUCGUCGACAAGCCAGUUGAUGAUAUUGCAUUCAGCAAGAACGACUCGAAGCAGAAGACGUAUACCUCAGUAACCAUCAAGGCGCCCGUCGCGUCGGCGGACGAGCUGUAUCAGUGCUACGCCGUGCUGCGGCAAGAUCCGCGCGUGAAGAUCGCCUUGUAACAUAUGUGUACAUUA